AUGAGCUGUCCGACUUGUCUCACUAAUCAUACAAUGAUUAAUUGUGAAUUAUUAUCACAAAAUGUUGCAUUGAUGCAGUUGUUACAUAUUCGAAAAAUUGAUAUUGUUCAAAAUACUCAAUGUAAAAUAUGUAAUUCUCUGCCAUCAAUAACAUCAUGUACUCAUUGUACCCGAUUAGCAUGUGUUAAUUGUUUGGAAUCACAUCGUCAAGAAGUUAUACAAGAGGUAACACGUGAAAUUGGUGAUUUAGAAAAACAAUCGGAAAAUAUAAAACUUGGUCUUGGUGAUUCAACUGAUAAUUUUCGUUAUCAUUGUGAUGAGACAUUUCAAGCGGCAAAUAAACGUGUAGAUGAAAUGCAAAAAUAUUUAAAAGUAAUUAAUGAACGUCUAUGUCAAAAAAUACAGGAAUUUCAUGAUAGACGACAGACAGAUUUGGCACAAUCUGUUAAUCGAUUACACACAGAAAUACAAACCAUCGAUAAGUUUGUUGAUGAUACACGCCAUUUGCUGCGCGAUGUUAAUGUUCAAACUGAACUACUAUUGCGUGUCAAACAACAAUGCUUAGAACCAAGAAAACGUUUACUUGUUUUGGCUAAAGAUUUAAUUGAAUUUACACCAACAAUACAGUUUAAUCCGUCAACAUUUCAAAUUGGUGAUGAAUUAGCCGGUUCACUUGUUCUUGAUCGGCCGUUAAAUGCUCCUAACAGUGUUGCAACAGCAGCUGGAGAUGGUAAAUUAGCUUCUAUUGUAUCAACGAGAACAGGUAAAAUGGAGAUUAUAGGACAAGAAGGUAGUGGCAAGUUAGAAUUUAAAGGUCCUGCAGGGUUAACGGUGAAUGGUGACGGUCAUUUAGUGAUCGUCGAAGUAGAAAAUAACCGUUUACAAAUUUUAACGUGCAAUUUUAAUCAUGUUCGUACGAUCAUUGGUUUCCGUGAACCUCGAGACGUUGUUUUUUCUCGUGACAAACGUUAUUUGAUAACUGAUAAUCAUAAAUUAAUUAUAUUAGACGAAAAUUUUCGUAAGGUCGAUGUUAUCGGAAGUAACAAAUCAGGCAGAACACGAAAUACAUUUAAUAGGCCAACUGGAAUAACGAUUGAUGAACAAGAUGAAGUUAUUAUUUGUGACACACAUAAUGAUCGUUUGGUCAUAUUUUCAAAAGAUUAUAAAUGGAAUAGAGAUUUUACAACAGGUCCUGAAAGUUCACCUCGAUACGUGUGUUCCUAUAAUGACACAUUAUACGUUACAUGUGCUGGUACAGGUUGUAUUAUUACAUUAACAAAACAAGGUGAAGUUCUACAAAUGAUCCCCGAUUCCUCAUUGGAUUUGCGUAUUGAUGCACCACGUACAAUUCGAUGUGUUCGAGAUUUAUUAUUUGUUGUUUCAUCGCAUGCCAAAUCAAUUUUUGUCUUUACAAUCGAUGGGGAAUAUCGUGGAGAAUUACGACAUGAGAUGUUUAAUCGACCCGUGGGAAUACUAUUCGUUGAUGAUAGUCUGUAUGUAACAGACACAGAAAAACAUAGCAUUUUUCAUUUUUCUGGUAUACUUCAAUAA